AUGGCUCUGACGUUGCUGGCGCUGAUCUGCGCGGUCAAGGCAGCCGCCGGUGAGAUUGAGCAGGUGGCAGUCGGCUAUCAUCACACGUGCGUGCGAGCGAAUGGUUACGUCAAGUGCUGGGGCAGGAACAACGUAGGCCAGUUGGGCCUGGGCACCACCGACAAUAUGGGCGAUGGAAGCAAUGAGAUGGGGGAUCACCUCCCUCUUGUGGCGUUUGGCACCGGACGCUCGGCAGUGGAAGUGACCGCUGGUGAACUUCACACAUGUGCCAGGCUGGACGACGGCUCUGUCAAGUGCUGGGGCUACAACUGGUACGGCCAGUUGGGCUUGGGCAGCCACGACUAUAUGGGCGAUGGAGCCAGUGAGAUGGGGGACUACCUCCCUCCCGUCGCCCUCGGCACGGGACGCUCCGCAGUCGGAGUCGCUGCUGGUUACUCACACACAUGUGCGAGGCUGGACGACGGGACUGUCAAGUGCUGGGGCCGCAACAACUACGGCCAGUUGGGCCUGGGCACCACCGACGAUAGGGGCGAUGGAAGCAGUGAGAUGGGGGACUACCUCCCUGCUGUGGCCCUGGGCACCGGACGCUCCGCAGUGGAAGUGACCGCUGGUUCAUAUCACACAUGUGCCAGGCUGGACGACGGCUCGGUCAAGUGCUGGGGCUCCAACUCCUACGGCGUGUUGGGCCUGGGCACCACCGACAAUAUGGGCGAUGGAAGCAAUGAGAUGGGGGACCACCUCCCUCUUGUGGCGUUUGGCACCGGACGCUCGGCAGUGGAAGUGGCUGCUGGUAAAUAUCACACAUGUGCGAGGCUGGACGACGGCACUGUCAAGUGCUGGGGCCACAACAACUACGGCCAGUUGGGCCUGGGCACCACCGAAGAUAGGGGCGAUGGAAGCAGUGAGAUGGGGGACUACCUCCCUGCUGUGGCCCUGGGUACCGGACGCUCCGCAGUGGAAUUGGCUCCUAGUCUUGAAUCUCACACAUGUGCCAGGCUGGACGACGGCUCUGUCAAGUGUUGGGGCAACAACGGCAGCGGCCAGUUGGGCCUGGGCACCACCGAAAAAAUGGGCGAUGCAAGCAAUGAGAUGGGGGACUACCUCCCUGCCGUGGACCUCGGCACGGGACGCUCCGCAGUCGAAGUGGCUGCUGCUGCUUCUCACACAUGUGCCAGGCUGGACGACGGCUCUGUCAAGUGCUGGGGCGACACCUACUACGGCCAGUUGGGCCUGGGCACCACCGACGAUAGGGGCGAUGGAAGCAAUGAGAUGGGCGACCACCUUCCUCCCGUUGACAUGAUCAUGCCAACCACAACCACAACGACAAGCAAAACAACCACGAGCAGCACGACCGGCACCAGCUCCACCAGCGCCACUGGCAGUACCACCACAUCCAGUAGCACCGACAGCACAACGAGCACGAGCACCACAAGCACGAGCACCACAAGCACGAGCACCACGAGCACGAGCACCACAAGCACGAGCACCACAAGCACGAGCACCAGCGGAAGCACAUCCCGAACCAGCUCCACCUCUACAACAGGAGAGUCUAGUGGCAAGGGCAUAGAAGAACUACCCAGCAUGGCAGGCUCUGUCACAACCUCCACAGCCGCAACCGAGGAAGCAAGGGAGGAGCAACAGCGUAGAGAGGACGCCAAAGCGGCCGUGAACAAGAUCGAGUCAGCAACGCAGGUCGCGGUCAAGAAUGCGCUGACAAGCCUUCUGGGUAGCCUGAACGGCACAGGCAACGCGAGCACAGGCGUGCUAGGCGAAGCGUCCAUUUCUACCGAUGCCGGAGAUGGGAAGGUCGUGGUCUAUAGCCCUGAACGCUUGGCAGAAUCUGGGGAGCCUGCAACAGUCAGCGUGGACAACUCAUCAGCCACCGCCGAGGUCCCCGUCGGUGUGCUGCAGCAGGCCCAGGUCUUGGCAGGAGAUGGCCAUCUCAUGCUGAGCGUCGUGGUCAUGAAUGAGGAACUGUCUGAGAAGUUCAGCACAUCUCCUCCGGCCACGCAAGAAGGCUUUCAAGAACAGCAAGGCCCCGUGACGACCUUGCUGUCGGCGCCCUUGGUGAUCAACGUCCGCGACGAGAAUGGAACCGUCAUCGACAUAGGCCCGCUGAAAACUCCGAUGACGGUUCAGCUGGAGGUCAAGAAGCGGAGGUUGGACCAGGUGAGCAAGAGUGCCCGCAGAAAAUGUGCCUAUUGGGAUGAGGAGCGAGCAGUUUGGGAGACGAAUCCGACGGAAAUCGAAAGCAUCGAAGACGACGAGGCUAAGCCUGGCCUUGUGCGCUGCAGAACGAGACGGAUGGCCAUCUUUAGUGUCGUGCUGGAGGAGUUCGAGAACACCCUGAAGUGCAGCACGCUGGGACAGCUGCUGACCGCCGACGCGCUUGCGAGCCUUUCCAGGACUGACUGGCUGCUGCAGAUGCCCACGCUCGUGGUGAUGUGCUUCCUAUUCAUGCUCCUUGGCUCCUUUUUUGGUUAG